AUGGCCUCAAUUCAAACUCUCCCGGGGUUCGGAUCGCGUGGCUCGUGCAAUAAGAUAAGCAAGUCGAGAGCUAAGAAUGCGGUCAAACCAAUUCUGAAGAAACUUUCAUCGCAGUCGGAGAAGAGCUCGUUAGAUUUGGAUAGGACAUGGACGGACCAGGAUGAGCAAUAUCAGAGCCGCGAGAGUUGGAUAGGAGGAGGAGGAGGAGGAGCAAAAGGAAAGGGGGUGACGGUAGUGUACGAAGAGUCGACUAAAGAGUUAAAUUAUACUUUGGAAGAGGCUGGGGCGAAACCAUACAAUCAUGCGAGGUCUAUUAGCGGUGCUAGCCGCGUAUCAAUCGCGACAUCUAGUAACUCAGGUCCGCGCCACCAGACCAAUGGACCGUUUGUACAUCCCUUUCAACAAACCCCACGGACUUCGACCCCGCCACUAUCGUAUGCCAAUUCGCAAACAUCCUUCUUCGACAUUACGGAGGACGAGGAUGACGAGGACGAUGAUAACGCCAAUAGCACUGGUAGCGGACGCAGCGCAAGCAAUAGCAUAGAUGCCAGUCACAGCCAUAGGAAUAGCCUUCAUAUUCAGAUGAACUCCCAUUCACAUUCGCAACCUACGUUAGGCAUCCGGCGCCCGUCUUUAGCAAGUACACAGCGCACUUCGUCAUUUACAGAAGUUAAAAAUGCGAAAUCGUCCGUGUCCUAUACUUCUCAACACCCACCCUCUCUCCGAAUAAACACGUCACGGACCGUCUUAGCGUCGCAAGCCCUACCUUCUCACCUCCCCAGAGUCCCAAGUCAAUCGGACUUCCGUUUAGAUCUUAUUAAAGACUCGCCCAUAUCCUCAUCUAAUCCCACCUCAAAUCACGUCGCAUCACCGGCCAGCUCAACUCCAAUGUCUCCUCUACGUUCUUCGUUCGACGCGAGCGGCUUUCCGCGUUUGCGCGCGAAGUCGGACCUCGACACUGCUACCCGCGCUGAGCACCUUCGAGAAGCGCGUCGAAAAUUUGAAUUGAGAGAGAAGGCCAAAGAGGAAAAAUAUGCGCGAGAGGAGAUCAAGCGUCGCGAGCGAGCCGACAACAAGCGCGCUCUGGAAAAAGAAAAGCAUGCGGCGGCUAUGCACAAGGAGCAGAUGGCAGUGAAAGCCCGAUUAGAGGCGGCAGAGCUCGAGGAAGCGAUUGCUCGCGGAAAACACCACAGGAAGUUUAGCGCAACGAGUAGCAACCGUCCGAGCCUAGCCAUCUCUCGGACCAGCAUGUCGCGACCGAGCACGUCUCGAAAGAACGUCCCUAGCCCCUUGGGAGAACCCGAGGUAUUUGCUAGCAGCAACUACGACAACAUGGAUACGAGAAGCCCGCCUACUUUUGGCAACGAAGCCGGAGGAGCGCAGAGCGUUCCCUUCCAGCCCACCAGACGCAGAAAUACGGCCAAGAGACGGACCCAGAGCACCUGGACCAUGUUCAUCUUAUGGUUAAGAACAAAGCUGCUCCGGGUAAGCAGACACCGUUAA